GUUGAGAAUUCAAAAAAUCAGGGGGAACCCACACUCACUCGCGGCUGGCAAAGACCAAAGACUGACAACUGUGCAAACAGAGCAGAGCAAGCGGUGCGAAGCGAACACCAACCAAGCAGCCAGUUCACCUCAGCCAACAUGUCAUACCAGCCCCCACCGCCACCAGGCAACAUGGGUCCACCAACCUCACAGCCUGGCAUGUACCAGCAACCCCCGCUGCAGCCACCGCCGCUCUCACAACCGCCCACGAGCGCCAUGCAGAACAUGCGGCUUCAGCCCCCACAGCCGGCACAGUCUGCUGCGCCCAGCAUGGCUCCUCCGACGAUGCUGGCCCCACCAACAACGUCCAUGGCCGCCCCUCCCACCCCAGUGUCACAGCCGCCAAGGACAAUGCAGCCUCCACCCAUGACGCAGCCACCAAGGGCAAUGCAACCUCCACCAAUGUCACAGCCUCCAACCAUGUCACAGCCUCCCACGAUGCAGCCACCCUCAACAUCAAUGGCACAGCCACCGACAAUGUCACAGCCUCCCACGAUGCAGCCACCCCAAAGUUCAAUGUCACAGCCUCCGACAAUGUCACAGCCUCCAACGAUGCAGCCACCCCAAAGUUCAAUGGCAGCGCCACCACCAACAUCAAUGGCACAGCCACCAGCAGGCCCACCAACGUCUGCGCCACCUGCACGAACAGCCUCUGCGGGUGGACGCCGCCGCCAGUACCCGACCACCCCAUAUGGGAUGACCCAGCCCGCUGCCGUGCCGCCAACACAGCCACCGGUCUCCACGCAGCCCUACGGCGGCCAGGGUGUGCAGCAACCCGCUGCCGUGCCGCCAACACAGCCGCCAACGCGCCCGGGGAUGGUGCAGCCGCCACCGCCCAUGGCAGGCGCUGUCACCAUGCCGCCAACAGGGCAGCCACUGCAACCGCAGCAGCCCGGUGUCCCUCCUCCUCCUCCUCCUGCUGCUACCGCUAGUGGUGGUGGUGGUGGCAUGAGGGGGCCACAGCCGCCAGCAGCAAUGCCGGGGGUGGCACAGCCCGCAAACGGCCUUGCACCGCCGCGCGCACAGAAGCGGCGAGGGGUCGACCCCGAGGCUGUGCCGUCGCCUGUGGUGGUGGCCCGCGAGGACCAGGCCCGCUACAGGGACGCCCCUUUUAUGACCAGCAGCAAGCAGAACCCGCCGCUCGCCAACACACGCGUGCGGGUGGUUGAUGAGGGCAACGCCAGCUUCCGUGCCGUCCGUCCCACCAUCAGCGCCGUCCCCUGCACCAAGGAGCUCCUCAAGCUCUCGAAGAUUCCGUUGGCACUGGUCAUCAACCCGCUCGCAGACCCCGCAGAAGGCGAGCAGCCCAUCGCCACAGCCGACCACGGUGCUGAUGGCCCGAUCCGCUGCCACCGAUGCAAGGCGUACAUGUGCUGCGCCGUCGCCUUCCUUGACGGCGGCCGCCGCUGGCGCUGCCCCUUUUGCGACCACACCAACGACGUGCCGGAUCACUACUUCUGCAACCUGGACCACCUUGGCCGCCGCCACGACCUCCAUGACCGUCCAGAGCUCCUCAGAGGGUCCGUCGAGUUUCCUGCCCCGCCCACAUACUGCGCACGCCCACCACAGCCACCCGGCUUUGUGUAUCUGAUUGACGUGUCCUACAACUCUGUGCAGACCGGCAUGCUCGCUGCCGCGUGCCAGGCGAUUCGCAAGUCGAUUGCGGCGCACGCAGAGAAGUUUGGAGCACAGGGGCGGCCCUUCCGCGUGGGCAUCAUCACGUUUGACAACGAGGUGCACUUCUACAACCUCACGCCGUCCCUCGCACAACCCCAGAUGAUGACCGUCUCCGACAUUCAGGACAUUUUCGUGCCCCUCCAGUCCGGCCUCCUCGUCAACGCACGGGAGGCGACGGCUGUGAUCAACCAGCUGCUUGACUCGCUGCCGGGCAUGUUCUCCACAUCGCGCGUGGUGACCCAGGCAUACGGCGCAGCCGUCCGCGCAGCCAUGCUCGCUCUCAAGGACUCGGGCGGGCGCGUGCUGUCGAUGCUGACGGGGUUGCCUGCUGCUGGGCCGGGCGCCCUCAAGAAGCGCGAAGACAACUCUCUCCUCGGCACCGAGAAGGAGUACAAGCUGCUGGCGCCUGGCGACAAGUACUACACGCUGGCUGCCAAGGACGCCAUCAAAUAUGGCAUCAGCUUCGACCUGUUUACCUUCCCGACAUCGUACAUGGACAUUGCCUCCAUCGCCCCGCUCGCCCGCGACACCGGCGGAAAGAUCUACAGGUACCAGUACUUCCGCGCAUCUGUGCACGGGUCGCGAUUCAUUGCUGACGCGGUGACCGCGGCCCUGCGCUACAGCGGGUGCGAGGCCAUGCUGCGCGUCCGCACGAGCACAGGCCUGCGGCCAACCGACUUCUUUGGCGCAAUGACUAUGGAGAACACGCAGGAUGUUGAGCUUGCUGGCGUUGACUCGCAGCAGUCCCUGGUGGUGCGGUUGCAGCACGACGACAAGCUGCCCGAGGGCAAGGACGCCCACUUCCAGGUGGCCAUCCUCUACACCAACCCCAUGGGCGAGCGCCGCAUCCGUGUGCAUACGCUGAGCCUGCGCACGGCCUCGCAGCUUGCAGAGGUCUUCCGCUCCGGCGACAUUGAUGCCUUCACCACCGCGCUCCCAAAGAUGAACGUGCGGGAGGCGUUCAAGGCGCCCAUGUCGACGCUGCGCACGAAGAUGACGAACAAGACGGUUGCGGUGCUCGCUGCCUACCGCAAGCACUGCGCGUCUGCCAAGACGGCAUCCGGUGAGCUCGUGCUGCCGGAGUCCCUCAAGCUGCUCCCCGUCUACGUCAACUCCAUCCUCCGCUCGCCCGCAUUCCGCAGAGGCACGGACGUUGGGCCAGACGAGCGGGUGACGAGCCUGCAUUAUGUGCUGUCGCAGCCGCCCAAGACCAUCAUCCCCUUCUUCUACCCGCGCCUGUAUGCCCUGCACACCGUCACACCAGAGUCCACGGGCCUCCCAGACGUGCUUCGCCCGUCGAUGCGGUAUGUGCAGGAGCAUGGCAUCUACCUGGUUGAGAACGGCGCCACGAUGAUGAUCUGGGUUGGCCAGAACGUCCCGGCCUCCACCGUGCAGCAGGUGUUUGGGGCGGACUGCGUUGAGAACAUCAACGUGCAGAUGACUGCACUGCCCAAGUUUGACACGCCGCUCAGCAAACGCUUCAACACCAUUGUCGACACCAUCAACGCGGAAUACGGCACCAGCCUCAACCUUCAGAUUGUCAAACAGAAGGACCCCAACGUCAUUUACUUCAGCAAACUCCUCGUCGAAGACAAGUACCAAGACCAGAUGUCCCCAGCCACACAGCUAUGUCACAUCACAUCAACAUCACGUGUGGAACAACAACAACAACAACAACAACAACAACAACAACAACAACAACAACAAAACCACACAAAACUCAUUUUGAUGAUGAUGAGGCGUGGUGGAACAGCAACAACAAAGACCUUCAUGGCGAUGGCUGUGGCUGCAGUGGGCGUGCUGCUCGCUGGCAUGCUCGUUGCUGUUGGGGUGCAGGGGAUUGAGUGCGACAAGAAUGAAACGGCGUGCAACCUAACGACGCAGUUCUUUAACCAAAGCGAGUGCAUGUGCCAGAAUCUGACAGUGUGCGUUGGGUUUAAGGUGGAGGAAGCAGUAGCAGCUUCCCCAACAGCCAAUCGCACGUGCGUGACGCCAAAGACUGUGGAGUGCGUGAUCCAGCACAACGUACGCGACGUGGCGCUGGCACUGGGCGUGUCCGAGCGAGUGCCUAUCACGGUGAAAGGCCGCGUGGUUGACGAGAGCAGGGUGAUGCUCCGAAAGGAGCGCGACGCCAUCUUCUUGGAAUACCGCCACACAGACGAGGCAUGGUACCUGCUGAAGCACGACGAUAAAGAAAAGCUCGUGCUGAUGUGGAAGGGCGAGAGCACGACGCCCACGGACACUUCCGAGGCCGAGAUCUUGUUCAUCGACCAGCUGCUGACACCGCCCAUCCUGCUUGAUACGCAAACGCCCCAACCGUCAGUCAGCGUGCGGUGCUGGGCCCCUAGCCGGGCCUCCGAGCUCAAAGGCAACAGCCUCGCUUGGGCCCUCAUCAUCCCCACCAUCCUCGGCGCGCUUGCGCUGCUUGUUGCCGGAUACUUCCUGCAUCUGGAGGAGUGGCACUUGUCGCCGAGCGGCAUUCGCGACGUCGCCGACUAUGCAAAGAUGCUGGAGGAGGAGGAGGAGGAGGAGGCUUUUGAGAAUGACGACGAUGACGACUUUGCACAAGACGUCGCAUAUGCGCAGCCUUGGGAUGGCAACGGUGGUGAUCGCGACAAGGACGCUUCAGAGGAGACUCUCACCACCGCAUAG